CCGGCCCCGCGCGGGAUGAGAAGGGGGAGCCGGGGCGGGGCCAGGGGCGGCCGCUGCCGAUCAGCUGUUCGCCGGAUUCUAUAACAACAAAAGACUCAGCGGGGAGCUGAGACUGGCCGCUGCAAGAAGACUUUGGGCGUCUGGCAGCCAAAGCCUUCGGAGGGACCAUCGCUUGUCUCCGCUCCGCAUCUACCUCAAUAGCUGCCGUCCCGGUUCUCUUUGCCCUGGUGUUUGCGGACGACGUGGGAAUACUCGGUGGACACACUGCUUGAGGGAUGCAUCUGCUUCAAGCUGCUGAUCCACAGAUGCGGGAUAAAUAGCACAGACCGCCCUUACGAAAUAGCUCAGGGCAGUUACAAACAUCAAAGACCCUUUAAAACAAUUUAAGAGCACUGGAAGGCCAGGCUGAACAGGGUUUUGUAGCAACUGUUUACAAACCAUGACUCCCCGUGUUCCGUGCCUAAGCUGAUAAAGUCUCUAUGCACUUUAAUCUACCUGCGGCCUUGGCUAGUACACUGUGAGCCUGUACUCUUGGAUACAAAGAAGUACUAGCCAGAGUCUUGUUAUUGCCUUAGUAAUGUUCCAGAGGCUGAAUAAUAUGUUUGUGGGAGAAAUCAAUGAUUUGCCCAGCCAAGAGCCAGAGUUCAGUGAAAAAGAAGAGGAGGAGUGGAUUCUAGUGGACUUUAUAGAGUCCUGCACAAAUUUCUCAACGGUUGAAGAGGGGGAGGAGGAAGAGGAUGACCUCCAUGAAGUGUCACCUGUUGAACAUUCGCCUGUCUUCUCUUGUCUGCCUACUUCCUUAGAACGUCUGGCUGAUGCCAGUGAGUCUUGCUUCGUCCAAUUUGACUCCUGUCCCAUGGAGGAGAGCUGGUUUAUUACGCCUCCUCCAUGUUUCACAGCAGGUGGCUUGACCACAAUCAAAGUGGAAACUAGCCCUUUGGAGAACCUUCUGAUUGAGCACCCCAGCAUGUCUGUAUAUGCCGUCCAUAAUACCUGUCACAGCUUCAACAAGACCAGUGGUGGGGGGGAGGAGGAGGAAGAAGAGGAGGAGGAGCAGCAGCCACAUGAUACAAGCACUCCUAGAAUGGAAGCUCAAAGUGAAAUGGGCCAACACAUUCGUUGCUAUAUUGCAGCCCUUGCUGCCCAUUCCACCUUUCUGGAACAGACAAAGAGCUUUCGUCCUUCCCCAUGGAUAAAAGAACACAACAGGCGAUACCUGAACAGAAACUGCCUUCGCCGCCAAAACCUUACCAGGAAUUGCUACUCUCGGCAACUCAAGAACAACGGAUUGUUUGUUCACCAGCCUUGCCAGCGUCCAUAUAAUUACUGAGGGCUUUUUUCAUGUUGUCCCCCCCCCCAGAAUAAUAUUGGUUAACUGUUGCUUUUGUUUUUCUGUGUGUAGAUAAUGAAGGCGAGAUCAAUCUUAGGCUGAUCAUCAGUUGUUUCUACACAAUCACUAAGUGUUGUAAAACAUGUUGACAGAACGGUGUAUCACAGAAUGCCUUUGAGAUAUUUUAUCCAUGGCUCAGAAACAUAUCAGUACAGUAGCGGUUGUGUGAUUGUGAGUGUGACUUUUUAGACACUUCUUACAAUGUAUGGAUGGGUUUGUUUUUAUAUUGGUAUUUUUGACCAAGACAGAGCAAGCAACUUUCAGUCUCGUAGUCCGAAUGCAGUUCAGAAUUCUCAGGGUCAGCCAUACACUUGCAGUGAUAUUUGUAUAUUCUCUAAUGUUAGAAUGCAGCCAUUUAAAAUGUGACUGAACUCCUACUGAGGAAUGGAGUGUGUGUGGCUGGUGGGGAGGGAGAAUAAGUCAUGUGACCUCAUUCCCUCCUAUCAACUUGCAUCUAUUAACCUCCAUGAUCCAAUGUGAUUUUCCCCAUUUGCUACACAAAGGCGGUACCUCCUAGAAAGAAUGAAGUACCCCUGCACCUGAGGGUUUAUGUAAUACUAGCAUAUCCUGUGCAGAGCAUCUAUGUGCUAGGACUUCAUUGCUCACUCAGCCUCCCCCACUCGCUCGCUCUCCCCCCUCCCUUCUACUUGCUCGCUCCUUGUCAGGCAGAUGGCCAAUCUGGGGUGGGAGAACAUACUGAGGGCUGGCCUCCAUCACCCCACUGAGUCUCCUUGCGAGGAGGGUGGCCGAGCCAGGGCUUGCCAUCCAGCCUGCAUGGAGGGCCCUCGAUCUGCUCUUCCACCCCGGCUUGCCCAUCGUCCUUGUGAGGAGAUUCAGUGGGGUGGCGCCGGAGGCCUAGUGAUGCCACUGCUCAGUGUCUCUUUUCUUCCUCCACCGCGGACGCAGCAGUAGCUGCCCCUCUGUCUGCUGCUUAGCCCUACUCUGUGCCUUUUGUUUUCAUGCUUUGAAACUUACAUGGGAAAACUCUCACCACAUGGAUUUUUGUUUUUUGUUUUAAUGGCCUACAUGGCAUUUCUAGCUGUGAAGGGAACCACUUGUGUAAAGAUUUUUGGGAGAACGUUGAAACAUGCCUGCCUUGGUAUAGACAAGGAGUGGAAUGGGUAAGGCUUGACUCCUCACAUGGCAAGAGGCUUGCCACUUACUUGGAGGUGCAAUAGGGAGCUUGUUUAAAGCAAUGGCUGUGCAGUAAAUGGUCAUUAUGGGGUUUUUUACCUUUACAUUUUAGAGCAGGGGUGGGCAACCUUGACUCUCCCAUCUGUUGCUGAACUACAACUCCCAUUAUCCAAAAUAUCAUAUGGCACUAACUCAUUGAUACUACAUCAUUCAUAGACUUAAAUCAUACCUAACAAGCCUUAUCCAAUCACCUAAACUCCAGGAAAAGCAAUUCAGACAUAUGGAGUAGGAAACCUACUUAUUCUGGUAAAUUACUGUUCCCAUUGUUGGCCUGCAUUAGGCCUAAGCCAGUGGUCUCCAGCCACAUUCCUGAAAUGCAGUCUUGGAAUUUGUUCCUCAACAGCACCAAGUUAAUAAACUGCAAUAUUUCAAUUUUGCAAUCAAAUUCACAGCUACUUUCUUAAAAUAUCCUGCUGUAAUAUGCUUUAUGAAAGAGACUGGUGUUUACCUCCAUAGAGGUCUGACAGUGUUGCUAUCGUGUUGUCUCUUUCCCACCCUUAAAUAUACCUGAAAGUACUACAUAUAUAUUUAUAUAUAUUUGAACUAAUUUCUCAUGGGUGAUCUAACAAAGUGCAUGCUCUCAUGAAUACUCGUAUCCGUGGCCUAAUUUUGAGGGGAAAGGCCUAGAGCGACCUUAAAUGCAGUUUUCAAUAUACUAUGUAGCAGUAAUUGCUGACUUCUUUUUCUUCUUCUUCUUCUUCUUGUGGCAGUUGCCAGGUUUCUACAGAUUAAAUAUUUGAGUCUUUUACUAAUGGUUCUGGAUCUCCCCCCCCCCCCAGAACAGUUCAUUAGUUGAACUUUGAUACCAUAAAUCCAAUCACUGUUUAAUUCUCUCCUCCCCCCGCCACACACACACUGCAGUCACUUUAUUCCCCCUAAUUUUUGUAGCCAUCUUAUUACCACUGAUCUCUUUAUUGUGGGGACAAAAACAAUGGACACACAAUCUCAGGAACCCCCCCCCCCUCUGCCUAGAAUCCUAAGUACAUCUAUUUGGAGAUUAAGUUCAACUCUAAUUAUUAAGUAGAUGUGCUUAGCCUUCACCUUCCUCUCCAUAAAUUAUUCUUUGUUUUCAGGAAUCUCAAAAUGAAGGUCUCCUCCUCCUCUCUGAAUAUUCCUGGUGAGCAAGCAUUUGAAGAGAGAGAUUUUUUCUCACUUCAUAGGGAUAAUAUUCUAGUAAUGGAAGCUCAUAUCUUUUAAGAAACACUAGCUUGUUGCACAUAUGUCUUUGGAAAUAAUUCUAUUGUAGGAGAAAUUACUGCAUACCCAACAUUACAUCUGACUUCUGUUACUAUUAUUAUCUUGCAUAUUUAUGUUACUAGCUCUGUUAUGUGCCUGGAAGUCUUGGACUAUUAGAUUUGUUGCUUUUCGAAUGGUGUGUUUUGUGGGUAGGACACUUUUAUAUAGGGUUUUUAAAAACAACAACAAAAAACAGUGUAUUAACUUGUCCAGUUGGGAGCCUUAUGCUGUGUUGAAUGGCGAUUCAUCAUUUUUGCUGAAACCUUUUUCAUAUGUAUUAUAAACAAAACUGUGCCUUUAAAAAAAAGUGACUUGUACGCAGCGAACUUGAAGACUUAAAAAAGGGGGGAACAUUUCUUUUGGGAUAAAUACUGUACAUCAGUCUAUGCAUUAUCAAUGGCAGCUUUGUUGUGGAGCCAUCUUUGUUCCUCUCUUGUAGCAGUACUUUAGACAAACAAGAUAUCUUGAAAUCAUGUCCAGCUGUAACAUCUCAAUAUGACUUGUGCUUCAGUUUUGCUACAGUAGCUUUCUGUGUCGGAAAGGUAUGCCCUCUUACACGAAGGCCGUUCUCACAAGCAGCCUAACACAGGCUAGGGCCUGCCCGACUCUGCUUUUAACCCCAGCCUUUUACUGAGGUUAAGGGAACGAGUGUGCCCUUAACCCUGGUUCUGAGGUUGUGUGACACAGAGACAGGUAUCUAGAACUUUUGUUGCACAGGGGUAUUCCCCAAUGCACUGUGCUCAUCACAUGGUGCAUUGUGGGAUAUAUGGAGGCUGGGACACAUAGGCCCGGCCUUCGGAGAGCCGUCCUACUUGGAGCAGCAUGGAUAAUCUGAGAGGGUAAGCCAGUAAUGCUCCCAGCAGCAUUACUUUGAUCAUUGGGUGGUGGGAAAGGGGGAAGGUGAGUUGGACCAUGCCUUUCUCCUCACCCCAUCAUGAUCAUGAGUAUAGCCUUAACUGUUGGAGCAAUAAUUCCCUUAUGAGUGGUUAUCUCAGUACACCAGUUGCAUAGCCUAGUGCGAAUGUAGUUCUAUAGCCCAUUCACAGAGCUGAAUAGUCCACAGAUCUUUAGAUGUGCUGUCUCCUUUGCCAUGUCCCAUUUUAUUUUUAGGCCUGGUCUGCACAAAGAGCAGACCACAUGAUAAAUGUCCUGGAUUGUAUCACUGAGGGUUGGUUUAGAACAACCCACAAUGCUCUCUCUUGAUCUCUCUAUCCAUAAAGCUUCAGCAAGCAGUCAAGGCACAGGAGGUGGUGGUGCCUACCUGCCCCACACUGCCCCGUAUGUCCUUGUGUGGUUCUAAAGGACACUUUUUCCAGAAGCCUAACAGGACCUUUUUUUAAAUGGGAGCUGGAGGUCAUGGUUCAGAUUUUAAGGACCUGAGAUUUUUUGUAUGUGUGUAAGACUUCAGCCUGAUUAUAGCUGGACAUGUGCUCACUUCUAAGGUGUUGCCCACCCCAGGGAUGGGGCAGGCUAGAUAUUUAAAUAAAUAACUGAGCUCCUGGCCCUGUCUCUGCUCUGCCUUAUUUCUCAGCCAUUCUAUGGUUGUAGAGGGUAAAAAUUAACCUGUCAUCUAACCAUGGCUGUGAUUGCCUUGUACAGCAGAGUCCACCAACACUGCUGUGCUGGUACAAUUUCUUCUAUAAAUCCAGGACACCAACACAGUGCCAUGUGUUGUGAUGAGAUGGUGCAAUGAGUUACAAUUGCAAAUUAUUCUUUUUAUGCUGCAUUGCAGAGCGGCAGUUUAGAAGGCAAUGCUUUAAUGUCUCCAAAUAUUACACAUAUUAUUCCUUGCCAUUUCUGAAAAGAAAAAAGACAAACCCUAUAUUCGCUUAUAGACAAUGUGUAUUAUCUGGUAUCUGUAUUUCAUGGUGCAUCUUGAUCCAGAAGCAGAAUCAAAUCAAUAAAAAGGCCUACUGGUUAAGAGAAACUUUAA